UCUGAGCUCACGCGGGUGUACGUCUGCGUGACGCAAGUCACAGUUGUCUACAAAUUGAGGGCUCGCGCCUCUUUAUCAAUGGAAUAGUAAAGACAGCUGGGCUCUGCCACAACACUGGAGAAAAACCGAAACUUCAACUACUCCCGACCUCGUAUUAUUUGGAUUGUUUGUGUUAUUCAUUGUGAGUGUCACUUUAGCUGGGACUAGGAGCAGAAGUUUCAAAGCCUACUCAAAAUGAAAUACGUUAUAGGAAUUGGCGGUGUGACUAAUGGUGGGAAAACCACUUUGACGAAUAGGCUGAUCAAGUCGCUACCUAACUGUUGUGUGGUGCAUCAAGAUGACUUUUUCAAGCUAGGUGUGCACGUCUUGCAGUGUUCCGCAUGUAAUGGGAUCUGCCCGUAUUCAGAUCAGCCUGGCUUGCAGCAAUGUUUUAUGGUGUUAUUUCAGAAACCUGAUCAGAUAGAAGUCGGGGAGGACGGCUUUAGACAGUGGGAUGUGCUCACAGCGUUGGACAUGGAUGCCAUGGUGAACACGAUUCGAGGCUGGAGUGAGAACCCAGUGAAGUUUGCACACUCCCACGGUGUCAACGUGUCCCCUUCCACAGAGGUUGCCGACCCAGAGCAGCAGAUCCACAUUCUGAUCGUAGAGGGCUUCCUUCUGUACAACUACAAACCCCUGAUGGACGUGUACAACAAGUGCUACUACAUCUCCAUUCCAUACGAAGAGUGCAAAAGGAGGAGAAGUACAAGACAAUACACUGUCCCUGACCCCCCUGGCCUGUUUGAAGGCCAUGUGUGGCCCAUGUACUUGAAGCACAGGAAUGAGAUGGUCAAGAGCUCUUUAGACAUUGCGUAUCUGGAUGGCUUGAAAUCAGAAGAAGGGAUCUACAGCCAGGUGUAUGAGGACAUCCAGAAUACACUGUUGAAUUGUUUAUAGCAGGAACUCCAUCUCCAAACCUGUAUAGAUCUGUAAAUAGCAUCAAGACUGAAGAUAUUUUUUUUUAAUUAAAGCAUUUUUUCUUAUUGUGUAAAUUAUAUUGAAGGAAUGGUAACUUGUGUUUUACAGAAUACUCAUUUCUGUUUCUUAUCUAAUCUGUUAGUCCAUUACUUGUGUUAAUCAAACCACUGCCUGGUAUCUGAGGGAGAGGGACAAACUCUGACCAUAUGUCAAUUCAAAUAUUUUUGUAAGGAGGUCAAUGUGAAUGGGUAUAUUAUGAAGGCACUGAUAUAGCAUGGCUGCACAUGGCAUUUUGAUAACUUUGAGAAAAAUAAUUUUUAUUGGAGUUGUGCCUCUGCCCUCAUGGGCUAGAAGGGUCCCACCUGAACUGGCUGCUUACCUUCCAUCUUUGAGGACAUGUUUUUCCUUUCAGAUUACAGCGGUCACUUGACUAUAUAAUACAUCUGUUACUAUAUACUUGGCUUUGUUCGGCAAGUAAAUUGUCCCUCUCAAUUUAAAAUGGGUUAUUCAUGUUUUUCAAUAUUA